UUGGGAGUGAAAUCGUCCCAAUCUUUCGUCCCAAUCUUGAUGUCAUUUGCGUAUGAUGGGGGCAAGGGCAUCGUCCUCGAGCGCGAUACGUGCUCGCGGGGGUCAGGGCGUCAAAUGAGCGAAGUGCCGCCUGCGCUGCGCGAAAGAUAGCGGCCGGAUAUUGCAUGUUCCGCGGAGUCCUCGCCGCCGUCCCCACGCCCUUCAGCGCUGAUGGCCUUUCCCUCGACCUGUCGAAAAUCCAGCCCCUCGUGGAUCGUCUAGCCGACGCCAAUUGCACCGGUGUCGUGGUAACGGGCACCACGGGCGAGUUCACCUCCCUUACACCCGAAGAGCACAAGGCCGUCAUAAGAGCCUAUGUGGCUGCGGUAGGCGAUCGCCCCUUGAAUGUCGUCGCGGGCUUCGGUGCGCUCAACACGCGCGCUGCGGAGGAGAUGGCGCAAUGGUGCGCUCAGACGCGGGGCAUUGAUGCCAUCAUGGUCGUGCCGCCCUUCUACGAGCGUCUCUCCUUCGAAGCGCUGCAAUUCUUUCUAUGUGCCGUCUCGACGGCGUGCGGUAGCUUGGAUAUUGUCUACUACCACGUCCCCUCGGCUACGGGGCUCCCCCUCACCGCCGACCAGAUGCGAGAGUUGGCCAAGAUACCGCGAAUGCGCUACAUCAAGGACACGUCGGGCAAUGCUCCCCACGCCAUCGACCAUGUAUGCAACACUGCUGCUGGGCAGAGGAUGGCCCACUUCAACGGCACGGACACCUUUACCUUUGCCGCUCUGGCCAUGGGCGCAGAGGGCGUCGCAUGGGGUGUCGCGUCCGUUGCGCCGUACGAGUCAGUAGCUCUUUAUCAGGCUCUGGUCGAGGAGCAGGACCUCAAACAGGCAAAGGAGAUCUGGUCACUCCUAUAUCCUAUUGCCGCGUGCCUCGAGUCGGUCAACUACCCUGCGGGAGUCAAGGCUGCGCUCGAUGUGCUGGGCCUGCCCAUGGGUCCUGUACGCGCCCCUACUCUGCCCUUGUCAGGCGACGAUGUUGCGCGUCUCAAGGGUGUGGUUGCUCGUGUCAAAAAGUAGACGUGCGUACACGCCAGCGCUGGUUGCUACAUUUUCGCUUUUCCUGUGCUCUCAAGCGUCCUGUACAUUCCAUCGCUGCCCAUCAAAGCCAGGUGCUCCCUCUUUAUCUCGCCUACCCGACGACAGCCCAUCAGCGCCAUGACGAUCCUGAACUCCUCUUCCAACAGAUUGAGCGCCAGCCUCACCCCUUCCUCACCCUUGUAUGCGAGGCCCCAGACCGCGGGUCGACCGAUCCAGACGUGCUGAGCGCCGA